UCGAAGUAAAUUAAUCUGAUCUUAACUACAGAAGAAGCUUUUUUUUGUUUUUGUUUUUGUUCUAUCCAACCAAACACCAUUUCUGAGGUAUUUUUGUUUUGUUUCUUUCUCUCUCCUUCUAAUCGAAAAGUUUCUGUUUCUCCUUCCGUUAAUUUCCCGCAACGUUUGUGAAGAAGCUCAAGUAGAAAUCAGAGAUCUUGCUUUUGCUUCGUUUGGUUUUCUGUGAUCGGAGAUUUUGUGUGGGGUAAAGAAAAAUGCAGACGAGGUAUAUGGAGAGGACUAAUAGUAUGAGAGAAAAGAGAAAAUUGGAGGAAGAUAAUAAUCAGCAGCAGCCGGAGCGUAAAAGGCCUGCUCUUGCAAGUGUAAUUGUGGAGGCACUUAAGAUGGAUAGUUUACAGAGGCUUUGCUCGUCUUUGGAACCGAUUCUUCGCCGAGUGGUAAGCGAAGAAGUGGAGCGGGCAUUGGCGAAACUCGGCCCUGCAAGACUUAGUGAAAGGUCUUCUCCUAAACGAAUCGAAGGCGUAGGAGGAAGGAAUCUGCAGCUGCAAUUCAGGUCUAGAUUGUCUGUUCCUUUGUUCACGGGAGGGAAGAUAGAAGGGGAGCAAGGUGCUGCAAUCCAUGUUGUGCUUUUGGAUGUUACUACAGGGCAUGUAUUGACCGUAGGACCUGAAGCUUCUGCAAAGCUCGACGUUGUUGUGCUUGACGGUGAUUUCAACAACGAAGAUGACGAAGGAUGGAGUGGAGAAGAGUUUGAUGGUCAUUUGGUGAAAGAGCGUCAAGGGAAAAGGCCUCUCUUGACCGGUGACUUGCAGGUUACGUUGAAAGAAGGUGUGGGGACAUUAGGGGAGCUUAUCUUUACAGAUAACUCGAGCUGGAUAAGAUGCAGAAAGUUCAGGCUUGGUUUAAAGGUCUCUUCUGGUUACUGUGAAGGGAUUCGUGUACGCGAGGCAAAGACAGAAGCUUUUACCGUCAAGGACCAUCGUGGAGAGUUGUACAAGAAACAUUACCCGCCUGCUUUGGAUGAUGAGGUCUGGAGGCUGGAAAAGAUUGGAAAGGACGGGGCUUUCCAUAAGAAACUGAAUAAAGCAGGGAUCUACAGUGUCAAAGAAUUCCUGCGUCUUAUGGUCAAGGAUUCACAGAAACUACGGACUAUUCUUGGGAGUGGCAUGUCGAACAGGAUGUGGGAGACACUUGCAGAGCAUUCAAAGACAUGUGUCUUGAGUGAAAUGCUUUACGUCUACUACCCUGAGGACUCGGUUGGUGUUGUUUUCAACAAUAUUUACGAGUUUAGUGGUCUUAUCUCAGGGAAGCAGUAUUAUCCUGCUGAUUCUCUCUCUGACAACCAAAAGGGUUACGUCGAUGGAUUGGUGAGGAAAGCUUAUGAAAACUGGGAUCAAGUUAUAGAGUAUGACAGCAAGUCACUCAUGAACUUCAAUCAAGUUAACAAAACAGAUGCUUUAGAUUACUCUAUCCCAGUUUCAGUUCCAAGCCAAGCGUCUACAUCAUAUUCUGACUUAACUGGUGAAGCAUCAGUGUACAACCAGUCUCAGCUUGGUGCUGAUACUAGUUCUUACAUGCACUUUGGAAACAACUCAUUUGCAACGCAAGAGCAGCUAAUCAACAACGCUCAUGGAUCACAAAGCAACGGUGUUGGUGCGAGAUUGGCGCUGUGUCCACCAACAGGAUCACAAAGCCAACAAAUGGUUCAGCCUCCUCCUGAGAUGAACUCUUUCAACAGUGAUUGGUCCAACACAGGAAACGGGUUUCUUUCAGAGGAAGAGAUUAGAGCUAGAAGUAAUGAAAUGCUGGAGAAUGAUGAUAUGCAGCAACUGUUGAGACUCUUUAGCAUGAGUGGUGGUGAGCAACAACAAACAACUCCGAUGAACUUGUCGGAAGACGGGUUUGGGUUCCACUCUUUUGGUCAAUCUUCAAUGGCUGAUUACGAAGAGGACCGUUCGAACUCGGGUAAGCCUGUUGUGGGAUGGCUAAAGAUCAAAGCAGCCAUGAGAUGGGGCUUCUUCAUCAGAAGGAAAGCUGCUCAGAGACGCGCACAGAUUGUUGAGCUUGAUGAUGAUGAAUAGGUUUUUUUAGGAAGAAACAGGAUUGUCUUUGGAGUUUCUUUCUGAUGGUGGUUGUUAAUAAGCUCCCAAAAAAAAAAGAUGAAAUCUUUUGUUUUUGGUUUCAUUCUUAUCCUAGUGGAGCUUCAUUUUGUACAGUAAAAGCUUUGUUCUUGCUUUUGUGCUUUGCUUGUUUAUGACUUUAUGUAAUGUAAUCUCUGCUUAAUCAGAUUUUCGGUAAAAAAACUUAAAAACCUGAUGUAAUUCUAUUUGUUUAAUUUUUUCUGUUGUGUG